CUAUCAAUUUGACAACAGCGUCUAAGUCCAUUUUGCUUCUGCUGUUUGCUUGCUUCGUUAUUGUUUUCCUCUGAAAAUUUGUGACAUCCCAGGCUGAUUAUUUAUUUGGAAGAAUUACUUUGUACUUUGUAUAAUGGCUUCGUCAUCAUCGCAACCGUCUGACCAUCGACGCAAAUGGGACCGUGAAGAAUAUGAGAAAUUAGCGGCACAGAGGAUUCGCAAGGAAAAGGAAGGAGACGAAGAUGAUUUCCUUCUUCCUUCAAAAAGGGAACUUCUGAAGCAACGUGACUAUAAAGUUGACCUUGAAUCACGCCUAGGAAAGAGUGUCGUGAUCACCAAAACAACCCCUGCAGCGCAAGGAGCCGGAUACUAUUGUAAUGUUUGUGACUGUAUCGUUAAAGACUCCAUCAACUUCCUUGAUCACAUUAACGGGAAAAAACAUCAAAGGAAUUUGGGAAUGUCCAUGAAAGUUGAACGUAGCUCUGUAGAACAAGUCAAAAAAAGAUUCGAGGCGUUAAAAAAGAAGAAAGAGGAAAAAACUAAAGAGUACGACUUAUCGGAACGAAUCCAGGAGCUCAAGGAAGAGGAAGAGAAACUUCGAGAGUAUAGAAGAGAAAAAAGGAAAGAAAAGAAGCGAAAGUUUAAUGAAGUCGACAAAUCUGAUCACAAUGACGACAAUGAUGAUAUGGCUGCGAUGAUGGGAUUCAGUGGAUUUGGAACUUCGAAAAAAUAACUGUGAAAAAUACACACGGUAACACGAUUUACUUGCAACUAUGAAUCUAAAUGCUGCAUUCCCUUUGUCAUAUAUACGCCAUUUCCGUUCGACACGAAAUUAAAUUUGCCCUUUAUAACUGA